CCACAUCAACUACUGUGUUGAUGGAGUCAUAAGAUAUUUAGAAAACAGUCUCCCUGGAAAUACACGGUAAAAGUCUAGUACGUUAUACGGAUAACAUCGACCACCCUCAAACAGAUUUUUGGAUUACAGUGGCUGUCGCUGAAGCUGAAAGUCAGUUUGCAGAGGAAAAAUCUUAGAAAGGAAUGCCAGCAUCAACAACCCCUUGAAUCUCCUGCCAUCAGAGAGAGAGAGAGAGAGAGAGAGAGAGAGAGAGAGAGUGAGAGAGGGAUGGGGGAGACGGAGGAUGAGCGUACGUCUCAAGCCGGCCAGCUGUUUGAGAACUUUGUGCAGGCCACCACCUGUAAAGGCACCCUGCAGGCCUUCACCGUCCUCAGCAGGCAGCUGGAGCUGAACCCCGCUGACCACAGAGGCUUCUACAGCAGCCUGAAAGCUGCAGUCACCUACUGGAAGGCCAAAGGCCUCUGGGGGAAACUGGACAAGAGAGCCAGCCACAAGGAGUACAAUAAGGGCAAAGUUUGCGUGGACACCAAGUGUCUCAUUAUUGGUGGCGGCCCCUGUGGCCUUCGCACCGCAAUAGAGUUAGCCUUGCUGGGAGCCAAGGUGGUGGUGAUUGAAAAGAGGGACACCUUCUCCAGGAACAAUGUUCUGCAUCUUUGGCCUUACACCAUCCAUGACCUCAGGAACCUUGGAGCCAAGAAGUUCUAUGGAAAGUUCUGCGCCGGAUCUAUAGACCACAUCAGUAUUCGUCAGCUGCAGCUCAUGCUGUUAAAGAUCGCUCUCAUUGUUGGGGUGGAGGUACACAUCAAUGUGGAGUUUGUCAAACUUCUGGAGCCGCCUGAGGACCAAGGGACUAAUGGGCCAGGAUGGAGGGCUGAGAUCCGUCCGGCUGAUCACCCGAUCUCAGAUUAUGAGUUUGAUGUGAUAAUUGGAGCGGAUGGAAGGAGAAGCACUCUUGAUGGCUUUAAAAGGAAGGAGUUCAGAGGAAAAUUAGCCAUCGCCAUCACAGCAAACUUUGUCAAUCGCAACACCACGGCUGAGGCCAAAGUGGAGGAGAUCAGCGGCGUGGCCUUCAUUUUCAACCAGAAGUUCUUCCUGGAGCUAAAGGAGGAGACAGGGAUUGAUUUGGAAAACAUUGUCUAUUACAGGGACAACACGCACUACUUUGUCAUGACUGCAAAAAAACAAAGCUUGCUGGAUAAGGGAGUGAUCAUCAAUGACUACAUUGAGACGGAACGGCUGUUGGCGAGUGACAAUGUGAACCAAGAAGCUUUGCUCUCAUACGCCCGUGAGGCUGCAGAUUUUGGCACAAAUUACCAGCUGCCCUCCUUGGAUUAUGCCAUCAACCACUACGGCCAGCCAGACGUAGCCAUGUUUGACUUCACUUGCAUGUACGCCUCAGAGAACGCAGCACUGGUGCGGGAAAAGAACGGCCAUCAGCUGCUGGUGGCACUGGUUGGGGACAGUCUGCUGGAGCCUUUCUGGCCCAUGGGUACUGGAUGUGCUCGAGGGUUUCUGGCUGCCUUUGACACAGUGUGGAUGAUAAAGGGUUGGGCUCAGGGUAAAGGACCCCUUGACCUUCUAUCAGAGAGGGAGAGCAUUUAUAGACUGCUUCCUCAAACAACAGCUGAAAACAUUUCUAAGAACUUUGAGCAAUACACCAUAGACCCUGCUACCCGUUACCCAAACCUCAACUCCACCUGUGUACGACCACAUCAGGUACGGCAUCUGCACAUUAACGGCGAGCAGGAAUUAAGUUCUCUGGAGCGCAGUGGACCCACACGCAGAUCUGUUAACAUCUCCAGAAAAGAGUCAGAGGUGCGUCCCAAUCGGCUGCUUAUUUGGUGUCAGAAACAGACUCAAGGCUACAGGGGAGUGGACGUGACUGACCUUACGACCUCCUGGAGGAGUGGCCUAGCUCUGUGCGCCCUCAUCCACCGCCAACGACCGGACCUCAUUGAUUAUGAUUCUCUAAACAAGGCAGACUGCGCUAAGAACAACCAGUUGGCAUUUGACGUGGCAGAGCGCGAGUUUGGCAUCCAGCCGGUCACCACAGGCAAGGAGAUGGAUGCUGAACGGGGGCCAGACAAGCUAAUCAUGGUGCUCUAUCUUUCCAAAUUCUUCGAGAUGUUCUGCAACUCGACUCAACCUGCUACAGGUGUACCCAAAGAGACUGAUCCAAAUAAUGAGGACUAUUCAGCAAAGACUGCAAACUCUGUUUACAACUCGAUAAAUCUCCCACUGCCAAGAAAGAGGAUUCCAAAGGUUGAUAAGAAGUUGGAAGACAGUGACACAAACAAAAAGAGAAAGAAGGCCACCAGCCACCUGGAGGAGCUGAUGUCCAAUCAGAGUGCACCCCCUGUAGGAGAGAGAGGGGAACAGAAGGAAAAUAAGGUGCGCUCCAUGGCAACUCAACUGCUGGCCAGGUUUGAGGAGAAUGCCCCAAGCUGUGCCUUGCGCAGACAGUCUGAAUCUGAGACUGACUCUGAUGCUGAAAAGCCUGUAUCUUUGGACAUGGCUGAAAACCCACGCUUUGCCAAACCUAAGAGCCAGCCCACACCCCCAACUCCCCCUCCACCCAAACCAAAAUGGCAGCCAUCUCCUUAUCUAAGACUGCUUGAAACUCACACCCGACAUGAACCUCAGCAUACAGAUGCCCAGCCCUCCGACCACCAUAUAGCGAUCCAAUCAAGUUAUGGGUACACAGAAAUCCAGUCCGACCACAAACGGACUGGAGUUCACUCCAGUUUCCAGCUAACUGAAAUGAUCUCAAGUUAUCAAACCAUUGAAUCCCAUCCCAGAUCUCCUCACAUUCUUUUCAAAGUGCUCCAGCCAGUUUCUCAAACCCAGCUGCCCACGCGGGCAGCAGAUCCAUCAGAUUCUCUCCCAUUAAUUACACCAGCCAUGGGUGGGAUGUUCCAAUGUCUGCAGAGGCUAGAAGAAGAAAUCAGCCAGAAAAAAGCACAGUCUGAAAUGGCUAGACAAUUUAACAAAAAGAGCAUAAAGGAACGGGCUCAGCAACUGAGCUGCCUGUUCACUGGCAAGCCACCUCUACCUCAGGCAGAUGAAGCCUCUUCUGCUGUUUCUUCCUCUCCUUCUAAAACUUCCUCAGAAUACUCUACUUUCUCCUGUCUUCUGUCUCCUGUUCCUUCAGUGCAACACAAACAGAAAGACACUUUCAGAUGGGCAGCCCCCACACUUUUGACCGACAACCAACCCACAGACAUUUCUUGCGAUGGAGAUUCAGAAACAGACUUGAACCAUAAUAAACAUACAGAAUGCUCUGAAAUCAGACGUGUCGAGUGCCUUGACGCCUCCAAACAGAGAACAGUGGGGAAAGUUUCCUCUGCCAUUGGGGUUAAAGCAGCUACACUGGCAAUCUUGUAUGAAACCGAUCACAGGCCUAACAACCCAUUUACCUUCUCACUGACCAGCCUGCGUAAGGAGUUUCCACAGGGCCUGGGUGGCAGUGACACCUGCCACUUCUGUAAGAAGCGAGUGUAUGUAAUGGAGCGACUCAGUACGGAGGGAUACUUCUUCCACAGAGAGUGCUUCCGCUGUAAUGUCUGUGGCUGUACAUUGAGACUGGGCAGUCAUGCUUUUGACUCGAAUCAAGGCACUUUUUACUGCAAGCUGCACUUUUCUCAACGGAAAACCAGCAGUAGUCAACGAAGAGGAGAGGUGCACAAUGGCAGCAGACCCUCAACCAGCGCUAGUUCUGAUUACACGGCCAUCGAUGGCCUCCAGAGACAGCCCUCAGGAGCUGUAUCUGAUCCCAAAAUUAAGAUCGACCAGAAGGGUUUGUCUCAUCCCAGCACUUCGGAAAAGACCCCAGAGGUGCAGACCCUCUCUGACUUAACAGAACUCAUAAACAUGAGUGAAGUUAAAGAUUCAUCUCAAAAGCCAGAUCAUGCAGAGUCUGUACCUGUGUGUCCCAAAUCCUUACAGCAGAAAGUGAAACGCUCUGUCGUCAAAGGAGAAAUUACCAACAAAAACAACCUCUGGAAGAAGAAAAUUCGAUCCACUCUACCCCUCAUCCUGAUAAAGAAAUUUCAACGUGGAAAAUCAGCCGACAAAACUGAUACCCUCACAGAGGAGGAUGUCAACUCUGACUUUGAGGAGAUUCAUGAAUCUUUUUCCCCAUCAAAGCCUGAAAAACAGACUGCAGAGCCUCACUGCCCCCUAAUGGAGGACAAGAAGUCAAUACCCCUCGAUGAAAUCCCAAAGAUCCCACUAUAUCGUUCACAGAUUCUUCCUAAUCCCUCAAAAGCCAGCACUUCCUCUUCAGAGCAGAAUUCUGAUGCCACAGCUAUUCCCUUGGAGGAACUGAACUCCAACAGUCCCAAGAAGAGGCUCAUGCUGUCUCUCUCUGAGAAGGAGAAGCUGCUUAACUGGGACUUAACCACUCCUGGGAAGUUCUCAGCCUCUGGAGUAGCCACUACUAGAGUGGAAAGACGUGACAGCACAGUUAAGAUUUCUCAGAAAAAUCGACCAGAACCCCAAGCUCAACCAGAACCCAGCUGUCGACGACAUGACCCCAACCCACCGCUCUUUGGCUUCCAACCAUGGGCCAACAGUUUCUGGAAGUCCUUCUCCACCAAGGGUAAAAACCCUGUGGUCCUCAGAAGGAACCAACCAAUGAAAGCUAGGCCGUUGUCUGAGGGGUCCUUCAACCUCAGCUCCUUGCUUGGAACUAGCUCCCAGGAAAAUCAGGAAGAGGAGCCCAGCAACCAGUCUAUAGAUGAAAGUCAAUCCAGACUGAGGAGUGGAAGUGAGCUCACAACCUUACUGGAGCAGGUGGCUCUCAGUGCUAAGCCUCCAAGGGGCACCAAAGACGAUAUGGCCUCCAUGGCACCCAGGAAGCUCAAUUUCUUCUCCUCCCUACGGAUCAAAAGAAACGAAAGAGCAGAUCAGAGCCAGGGGGAUAACCAGAAGGACAUCUUGACCAUACUUUCCAGGUUUAGGAACAAAGCUUCUGGUCAGCAACAACAGCAACAGGAAUCCAACUCAUCUAGUGAAGAUGAACAGGAACCUGGCACACAAAGGAUGCACAGAGGCACCUCUGAGACACAGAAAGAGAAACGGGAUAAGAUUGUCAUCCAACAAACCAAGAGAGAACAGCUGAAAAGACUCCAUAGGGCUCAGACGAUUCAGAGACAGCUGGAGGAAGUUGAGGAGAAGCAGAGAGCUCUGGAGGAGAAAGGUGUGGCUCUGGAGAAGAUCCUCAGAGGAGAAACUGAAGACAACUCAGCAGAUGAGACUACGCACCUACAAACCUGGUUCAAACUGGUUCUGGAGAAGAACAAAUUGGCCCGAUACGAGUCGGAAAUAAUGAUCUUUGCUCAGGAACUGGAGUUGGAGGACACUCAAAGUCGUCUACAGCAAGACUUGAGACGGCGAAUGGCCAUUGAAGACUGUGAAAAGAGUGCAAGUGAGCUGGCUGAGGAGCAGAGCUUGCUGGUGGAGAUCAUGAAGGUGGUGGAGAAAAGAGACAAACUGGUUGGUUUACUGGAGGAGCAAAGGCUGAAGGAGAAGGCUGAGGACAGAGACCUGGAGAGCAUGAUCCUCUCUAGGGGAUAUCAGUUCCACUGGACCUAAAAAAAAUAAAAUAAACAAAAUCCCACUGCUGUUCCUAAUAUCUACUGGAUUAAACAUUUCCCUUGAGCAAUGUGGAUCUACUGUACUGUCCUGCAAGAUGAACUACUGAAGACUGAGAGAGAACAUUAUUUAACGUUCAGCUGCUGGAUCUUGAACAUACUGUAACAAACUUGUUUAAUGCUGCCUUUUGUUUUUUAAAAGAAAGAAAUGAUAAAAACAAAAACAAAUAUGUGCCUCUUUAAUAACUGAAAAUGAGUUCAUAAAUGUUAGAUUUCAUUUAGUCAGUAUGUUCAGGCCACAGUUCUAAAAGUUGCACAGCCACAGAGAGGUGAGGAGAAAGACCACAAAUUUUAUCCACAAUGGUGCAAUAGUAUGUGUAUAGUCAAAGCUGUUUUGUUUUUUGGACUCGUUUGAUUUAUCUUUCUGUGUUGUUAAAAGGUUUAAUUAUUGUCUGUUCAGUUUUACUGUGAUUAUUCUAAUAGAGGCUAAAGUUUAAUGACAGUUUGAUGUGUAUGUUGAGUGUACUCUUUGUUUCUCUCUUAGUCUUGCAACAAACAGGCAUUCUCAACUUAAAUUGCAGUUAUUUUCAAAGCAUUACAAAAUAUCAUUGAUUUGUUCCAAGAAUUAAGAAGCGCUUCUGUAAAUGUAUGGUUGGGUUCUGGUUUUAUUUGUCUGUUCCAUUGUUUAAUGUAUAUAAUAAAUGUAAAAACAAUU